ACCCUAGCUUUGCUUCUCCCCAAUCCCCAUGGCGCCAGGUCUCAAAAUCUUCGCCGACAUUGCCGGAGACGGCACGCCCCGCCUAGACGCCGCCUCCGGCGAGGAGGUCGUCUGCGUGGAGCGCGCCGCCUCGGUCGCCCUCGGCCGCCGCGCCCCGGAGGCCCCGGGAACCCUUUUCGUCACCACCAGGAGGGUGAUUUGGCUCAGCGAGGCGGAGAAGGGCACGGGGUACGCGGUGGAGUUCCUGGACGUCACGCUCCACGCCGUGUCGCGCGACCCGGAGACGUAUCCCUCGCCGUGCCUCUACACGCAGAUUGAAGCUGAAGCUGGCUCUGAUGAAGAGGCUGGUGACUUGGACACUGAACCACUUAGCGAAUUACAGCUAGCAAAGAUCUCGGAGAUGCGUAUUAUACUGUCAGACGCUGCCCAACUGGAUUCACUUUUUGAUGCCUUCUGCCAUUGUGCUGAAUUGAACCCUGAUCCUACUGCUGAGCAAAAUGAAGAGGAUGGCUGGUUCCACGGUGAAGAUAUGACUGAUGGUGGCUGGAUUCAUGGUGAUGAAAUCAUGGUUGAUGGAAUUGAUCCGGAGUUUUUUACUCCCAACCCGAUAGGUGAAAAUGAUGGAUCUGACCUCAGUCGUUCAGUACUUGAGCUUCAAAUCAAUGACCAGCGAUUUGAGGAUGCAGAUGAAGAUGAGGAGGUCCGCGAAAAUGGGCAUUAAAAGCUGAUAUAUGUUCGUCUUACCUAUCAUGUUCCUUGAGAGGGGCAUGCCAUUAGUUUGGGUGAAGAUCACUGUGGGUGCAGCUGUGGUUUGCCUCAUACUGUUUCCUCCACACUUACCUUUUGUCCUUUCUGGAUGCUAUAGGGUCAAGGGCAACCGUGUAGAGUUGCAUCGAUGGUGUAACGUCUGUGAGAGAAGGUCUUGCUGCUGGUCAAGAAUGUAACAUGUAGAGCUUGGUGGAGAACUGAAUGGAUGGGGUUCAGUAACUUUUGAUCUAACAAAAUAGAAGGGAGAGGCCGGGGGAAAGAAACAUGUACUCUUUUCCCUUGUAUAUUAUGGUGCUAUGUACUACUUAGGACCUCAGGAUUUUAGGAAAUUGGGUGCAAAUGUUGUGUGUUGCUGCUUGGCUAUUAUCA